UCUAAGGGUAUAGUUGGUGUGUACGUCUCUGUUUCUCUUGGUUUUCAUAUUUAUCUUUUUAUUCUCCUCAGUAGUCAUACAAAACUUCCUUCCACCGCCCUGUUACGGUGGCAGUUAUGGGUGGAGGGAGGUGUUGAACUGGUCGGUGAUAUGGCAGCAAUUGGUGGCUCCGUGUUGGAGAUUAAGCCACAGCAUGACUUGGUAGAUGAUCAACAAAACUUUCUAAAGAGACUAAGAGAAAGGAUCGACAGGGAGACACCAAAGAUCGAAGUAAGAUUUAAAAAUGUAUCAGUGGUAGGAGAUGUUAAUGUAGGUGACAGGGCUCUUCCAUCUCUCUUUAAUACCAUCUUCAACUCAAUUGAGAGCCGAGUGAUAGGGAUCGUCCCUUGUAAGAAGAAGAGAAAGGUGAAAAUUCUUGACUCGAUUAGCGGCAUUGUAAAACCAUCAAGGUUGACACUGCUUCUAGGCCCACCUGGUGGAGGCAAGACAACCUUGUUGCUAGCACUAGCAGGAAAGCUUCAUCAUCAUCUUAAAGUCUCUGGGGAUGUUUCAUAUUGCGGGCACCAACUGUCUGAGUUUAUUCCUCAAAGAACUUGUGCUUAUAUAAGUCCUCAUAAUCUUCAUACCGGGGAGAUGACUGUCAGAGAGACAUUGGAGUUUUCAGGACGCUGCUUAGGCACAGCCCUCAAACAAACGGAUCCAGACACACCCCAGGAAACCACCAACUAUAUCCUCAAGAUACUUGGGUUGGAAAGAUGUGCUGAUGCUAUGGUUGGUGAUCAAAUGAUAAGAGGGAUAUCUGGGGGAGAAAAGAAACGUGUUACUACCGGAGAGAUGUUAGUUGGACCAGCAAGGGUUUUCUUCAUGGACCAAAUAUCAUCUGGUUUGGACAGUUCUACCACUUAUAAUAUCAUCAAGGUCUUAAGACAAAUGGUACAUAUAAUGGAUUUAACCAUGGUCAUAUCCCUUUUGCAACCUGAUCCCGAGACAUACAAACUUUUCGAUGAUCUCAUAUUGAUGUCCGAAGGCCAGAUUGUAUAUCAAGGUCCUUGCCAAAAUGUUGUUGAAUUUUUUGAGGGCAUGGGUUUCAAGUGCCCUGAAAGGAAGGGGGUGGCUGACUUUCUUCAAGAGGUAACUUCAAGGAAAGAUCAACAACAAUACUGGUUCAAGCCAGAGCAACCAUACACAUACAUCCCCAUCCCUGAGUUUGUGCAGGCUUUCAAAUCUUUCCGCAUUGGUCAGAAACUUGAAAGCGAUAUUGCUACUCCUUAUGAUAAAUCCAAAACGCAUCCAGAUGCACUGGUGAAAGAAAAAUAUGCAAUAUCUAACCUUGAGCUUUUGAAGGCCUGUUUCAAAAAGGAGUGGUUGUUAACAAAGCGUAACUCUAUGCUUUACAUAUUUAAAACAUUUCAGUUAACGUUUAUGUCAUUAGUAGCCAUGGCCGUGUUCUUUAGGACUAAGAUGCACGCCGGAAGGUUGGAAGAUGGAGGGAGGUUUUUCGGGUCUCUUUUCUUUGCUCUCCUUAUUGUGAUGUUUAAUGGGAUGGCUGAGCUUAUAUUGACUGUAAUCAGGCUUCCGGUGUUCUAUAAACAUAGAGACUCAUUAUUCUAUCCAGCUUGGGCUUUUGCUAUCCCCAUUUGGGUACUUAAAAUUCCAUUGUCUUUCAUGGAAUCAGGCAUAUGGGUGAUUUUAACAUAUUAUACUAUAGGAUAUGCACCAGAUGCCAGCAGUUUUAUUAAGCAGUUCCUGACCUUCUCUGCAAUACAUCAAAUGGCUCUUUCCCUUUUCCGAUUGCUUGCUGCUGUUGCAAGAACAGAGGUUCUUGCAAACACCUUGGGUGCCUUCACCUUGUUGCUGAUUUUAGUUCUUGGAGGAUUCAUAGUGGCCAAGAAUGAUACGGAACCAUGGAUGUCGUGGGGAUUCUAUGCUUCUCCUAUGAUGUAUGCACAGAAUGCCUUAGUUGUAAAUGAGUUUCUAGCUGAUAGAUGGAGUGCUCCCAACAUAGACCCACGAAUUAAUGCUUCAACAGUUGGGGAGGCCCUUCUCAAAUCAAGGAGUUUUUUCACUAAGGAUUACUGGUUCUAUAUUUCUAUUGGAGUACUGAUUGGCUUCUCAUUUCUCUUCAACAUAUUAUUUAUUCUAGCACUGACUUUCUUAAAUCCCUUUGGUGAUUCUAAAACUGCUUUCAGAGAUGAAAGUGAUGCCACCAGUUUAAACAGUGAACUUAGCCAAAGUGAACUCUAUAAAGGUGCCCAUAUGACAGUGAAAAAUACUUCAGGGAAAAAUGGGUCAGCUGUUGGCUCAGGUGAGCACAUGGAAAGAAGAGGAAUGGUUUUGCCAUUUACACCCCUUUCUCUUGCUUUCAACCAUGUCAAUUACAGCAUUGAUAUGCCUGCUGAAAUGAGGACAAAAGGGGAUGAAGGUGGUCGUCUUGAAUUGCUCAAGGAUGUAAGUGGUGCAUUUAGGCCUGGAAUAUUAACUGCACUUGUAGGAGUCAGUGGCGCUGGAAAAACAACCUUGAUGGAUGUUUUAGCUGGACGAAAGACUGGCGGAUCUAUCCAAGGAAACAUUUUUGUGUCUGGUCACCCGAAGAACCAGGCAACAUUUGCUCGUGUUAGCGGUUAUUGUGAACAAAAUGAUAUUCAUUCUCCAAACGUCACUGUUUAUGAAUCUCUUCUCUAUUCUUCUUGGCUCCGUUUAUCUUCAGAUGUAGAUUCAAGGACACGAAAGAUGUUUGUAGCAGAAUUGAUGGAACUGAUGGAGCUUAAUCCGAUAAGGGAUGCUUUAGUGGGUAUUCCUGGAGUGGAUGGUCUCUCAAUAGAAGAAAGAAAAAGGCUGACGAUAGCUGUUGAGUUGGUUGCAAAUCCAUCCAUCAUCUUCUUGGAUGAACCCACUACUGGUCUUGAUGCUAGAGCUGCUGCUAUUGUCAUGCGUACUGUAAGAAACACUGUUGACACGGGAAGAACUGUUGUAUGCACAAUUCACCAACCAAGCAUACACAUUUUUGAAUCAUUUGAUGAGUUGAUCUUGAUGAAAAUGGGAGGACAAAUUAUUUAUGCUGGACCUUUAGGGAAACAAUCUCACAAACUUUUGGACUACUUUGAAGCUAUUACAGGAGUGCCAAAGAUUAGGAAUGGUUAUAAUCCUGCCACAUGGGUGUUGGAGGUGACAUCAUCUGCGGCUGAGAGUCAACUUAACAUUGACUUUGCUGAGAUAUAUUUCAAUUCUUCUCUUUAUCAGGAAAAUCAACAAGUAAUUAGAGAAGUUAGUACUCCUUCAAAUGGUUCCAAAGACCUCUUCUUUCACACGGAAUAUGCCCAACCGUUUCUUGUACAGUGCAAGGCUUGCUUAUGGAAACAACAUUGGUCUUAUUGGAGAAACCCACAAUAUAAUGUCACUCGAUUUGUCACCACCAUUGUAAUAGCUGCCAUAUUCGGUGCUGUUUUCUUCAACAAGGGUCAAAAGAUACAAAAACAACAAGAUCUGCUGAACAUGAUGGGAGCUUUGUUUGCUGCUGUGGUCUUCCAUGGAGCAAUCAAUCAAAAUGCCGUGCAGCCUAUUGUUGCUGUUGAAAGAACAGUUUUCUACCGUGAAAGAGCUGCUGGGAUGUAUUCAUCAUUACCAUAUGCUCUUGCCCAGGUAACAAUAGAGUCGCUCUAUAUCGUGAUUCAAACUAGCAUCUACACCAUCCUUUUGUACCCAUUGAUCGGAUUUGAGUGGACAGCUGCAAAAUUUUUAUGGUUCUACUUCUAUAUGUUGAUGAGUGUCAUCUACUUCACCAUGUUUGGCAUGAUGACCAUGUCAUUGACACCAAGUCCCCAAAUUUCUGCUGUCUUAAUCUACUUCUUCCUUUGCCUUUGGAACUUGUUCUCGGGUUUUAUCAUUCCUAGACCGCAAAUACCAAUAUGGAGUAGAUGGUGUUACUGGGUUACUCCUCUGAGUUGGACAGUGUAUGGUCUCUUAACCAGCCAAGUUGGUCAGCAAGAUCUCUCUUUUGAGGUUCCUGGUGCUGGCAAUAUGACAGUUAAAGAGUUCAUCAAAGAGGAGUUUGGGUUUGAGUACGACUUCCUUCCGGUGGUGGCCGCAGCACAUAUUGGUUGGAUCCUUGUGUUUUUCAUCGUCUUUGUGUGUGCCAUCAAGUACCUUAAUUUUCAGCAGCGAUGACAGUUGUUCUCUACAAUGAAAGUUGUGUUUAUUUCAGAUUGAAAUGGAUUAAGAACACCUUACUCAAAUUGUUGGAUUAAGGGUUUAUUAUUAUUUUUGUAUUGUAAAAUUAUGUUAACAGAUUCUCUCUCAAAUGGAUAUUAAAUCCUUAGGAAACAAUUUGACUAAUGAAAGAAAGGUGAUUGAUUAUUUUAUUA